GGGCUUCGAAAAUGGAUCAAUUCAAAGAACUCAAACCUGGUGGUAUUGAAAUUCUAGUGGGCACUCCAGGAAGAAUCAUUGAUAUGAUAAAGAUGAAAGCGACUAAUUUUAGACGAGUCAGUUUCUUGGUUCUUGAUGAGGCUGACAGAAUGUUUGAUCUUGGUUUUGAGCCACAAGUACGAUCUAUAUGUGACAGCAUUCGACCGGAUAGACAAAGUAUGCGUUACUUUUUAGUGCGACGUUUCCAAAAAAAGGUUGAGAUAUUGGCUCGAGAGGUAACCUCAGAACCUGUGAGAAUUUCAAUUGGAAAUGUUGGUCAGGCCAAUACCGAUAUAACGCAAGUAAUAGAAAUUUUAGCCGAUGAUGGAUAUAAAUGGGAAUGGUUGAUCUCACAUUUGGUGGCGUUAUGUGUUGAGGGCAGCGUUCUUGUCUUUGUUAGUCGCAAAGGUGGUGUAGAGGAAUUGUCUAUUAAUCUCCAACAGACGGGACAUAAAUGUGGUGCCCUACAUGGUGAUAUGAUGCAGUCUGAUCGUGAUAAGGUGUUGAGAGAUUUUAAAAACAAUAAAUUUCCGAUCAUGGUUGCAACUGAUGUUGCCGCAAGAGGCCUAGAUAUCAAGGCCGUUAAAACCGUGGUUAAUUAUGAUGUUGCGCGUGACAUCGAUUCACAUGUGCAUCGCAUUGGAAGAACUGGUAGAGCCGGUGAGAAAGGCACAGCGUAUACCCUUAUUACUCAGAAAGAGGAUAAAUUUGCAGGAGAUUUGGUUCGAAAUUUGGAAUCUUCGGGACAACCUGUCCCAGAUGCUUUAAUGAGUCUUGCAAUGCAG